AUGGCUGCCAGCAAGAUUACCAUCGGCAACGUGGAGAUUGCUUCGUUGUCCGACGGCCUACUGGAGUUUGACAUCUGCAACUUCUUCCCGGACAUUCCGGCAUCGGAGUGGGAACCCUUCCACGACCAUCUGACGCCCGAUCGCAAGGUGAGCUUCAACCUGGCCUGUUUCCUGGUGCGCUCCGAGGGCAAGAACAUCGCCAUCGACACCGGCCUGGGAGCCAAGGACACCCCCGAGACUCCUUGGGGCGAACUGCUGGACGACAUGGCCCGCAACGGCCUGUCCCCCGACGAAAUCGACGCGGUGGUGAUGACCCACCUCCACCGUGACCACGUCGGCUGGAACACCGUUCGCGACGACGGCGGCAACCUGAAGCCGACCUUCCCCAACGCCCGGUAUUACUUCAGCAAGGUUGACCUUGAUGCCAGCCAUGACCCGGCUCUACAGCCUGACCGAUACCCGAACGCUCCCGAUUGCGUGUGGCCCCUGGUCGACAUGGGUUUAGUGGAGUUGAUGGAAGGCGAGUUCAGCAUCACCGGCGAUCUGACAACGUUGCCCACCCCCGGCCACACCCCGGGACACAUGAGCAUCAUGGUCAACUCCGGCGGGGAGCGAGCCCUCAUCCUGGGUGACGUGCUGCACAACACGGCGCAGAUUCAGCAGACCGACUGGGCCUCCCGCGCCGACAUCAUCCCGGAACAAGCCAUCGCCACCCGGCAAUCCGUGCUGGACCGGUUGGAGAGCGAGGGAUUGCCGGUGGCGGCGGUGCACUUGCCCGCGCCCGGGUUCGGGAAAAUCGUGCGCCUGCAGGGCCGACGCUAUUGGCAGGCGAUCUGAUCGCAUUGCUCCGUUAAAAUCGGAGAGCCGUUGUUGAGCGCAGGGGCGGACGAUCAUUCGCCCCUGCGUUUACUUAUGUGAUGUCACCGGAACCCGAACAUUCCCCCGUGAGGCCACGGUUCUACUACGGAUGGGUGAUCGUUGCCGCCAUGUUCGCCGUCAACUUCUCGACGAUGGCGACCGGUACCCUGAACUACGGUCUCUUCGUCCUGCCGAUGCAGCAGGACCUGGCGCUGUCCCGGGCCACCUUCGGCUGGAUGCAGACCACCCGGCGUCUGACCACCGGCGUCUUCAGUUUCGCCGUGGGUUGGCUGAUCGACCGGUAUGGCCCUCGCGCUUACAUACCAGUCUCGGCGGCGAUGAUUUGCGGCUGCCUGUUGCUGGUGAGUAUCAGCAGCCACGCCUGGCAAUUGAUCCUGUUCUUUGGACUCAUCGGAGUGUCCGGCC